UGGCAGCUCAAAAUGUCAGGAAACAAAACUUAAAUAAAAGUGUAGAAACCUACUGUGAUGGCAGAUAUGAUGGAGCUCAGUGUUAUGGAGCUCUGGGAGGAUCUGUGCUCCUGCAGCUGAUGGAGAACUCCUCGGAGAUUUACUCCCAGUAAUGGGACAUUUAGGAUCACUAAACUGAGCAGGAAUGAUGCCGGUGAAUACACUGUCAUGAUCUUUGACUCAAAUGAAGCAGUUAUAGAGAAGCAAACUCUACAGUUGACCAUUCAAGUUCCUGUGUCCUCAAUCCAGCUGGCCUCUGAGUGUCUGUCUCAGGGAGAGAUGAGGGUCUCCUGCUCCUCUGGGGGAGGGGACAGUCCUCAGUACAGCUGGACUCUGGAUGGACACACGCUGAUUAAAUCUCAGCUCCUCUCUGGAAAUAGUGAGGACCAGAUCAUCACUCUGAGGCAAGAUGUGUUGGGAAUGCUGGUCUGCACAGUCAGGAAUCACAUCAGUAGUGUCUCAGAUGAAGAGAAGACAGAGUCCUGUGGAUUUGAAUUCUUUGACUGCACCUUACUCAAUGGGACCUACAUAUCACAGUGGUUGCGGCCAUCUGAUGAAAUUCAGUGUGUCAAGCCAGCUCUUAGUCUGGAUAUCCCCCUGCUCAUAUGUGUUCUGGAAGCAGCUGUGUUUUUUCUGAUAAUUAUUGGUAUCUUCCUCUACUUUGCUUGGAGGAAAAAUAAACUACUGAAAGGUGAAGGCUCUGCAGUCCCUGAAGUGGUGGAAUAUGAAAACAAUUCUGUUGUAAUGGUUGAAAUGAGAAGCUCUGCAGCUGAACAUUAACUCUCUGAAACCAAAACCUUUAUGUCACCUCUAACCCGCUGUGACUGGGCCGUGUAUCUACAGAGCUGAAAACUUAAGGUUUAGAUUAGAAAUACUUCUCUGUUUUA